AUGCUUCACAGUGCUGAUUUUACUCGAUUUGUGGAUCCUAUCUAUGGCGCUUGUUAUUCAUUCAACGAAGAUUCCUCCUUGAACUAUUCUACAAAUCGAGCUGGAAUGAAGUUCGGUCUGAAACUGCUAGUCACCAUCAGUCAAGAAACCACUGAAUCGGUCAACGACUUCCUCCCAACAACAGCUGUGGCAGGUGCAAGAAUAGCAAUACAUCCGCGAGGUACGUUAUUUGAAAUGCUCGAAGUACUGUAA